UAUUGAUUAAACAAAAUGUUAGAAAAAUUAAUAAAUUCCGAGUUUGAUCGAUGUGGAAGGAUUUUUUUAGAGAAUUCUGGGAUUCUUAGAGGAUUUUUUAGGGAAUGGCGUCGAAAAGUGUGGUGAUUUCGGAGAAACCUGUGAAGCAUAUUGGAUUGAGUGACUGGCAGGCCAGGCUCAAUGAGUCCAGGGCUGUGGCCACGGCUAGGAGGAACGAUGCCUUUGAAGUUCGCUAUGCAGCCAGGAAUCUCAGGAAUGAGACAGAUAUCCAGGCCAAGUGGGAUUGCUAUCACAAUACCAAGCGUCUGGAAGACAGGGUAGUAGAAGUGAAUCAGUGGCGAGAGAGUCUGGAGGAGUGUCUCAGUCGGGUGAUUCGUGAAAUUGAGAUUCUAAAAGCGGAAAAGGCUCAAACUGAACGAGAACUCGAAGCUCUGGCCACGCCUCUAAUUGUAGUCUCUGAGUGUCUCUCCACUCGGGAUUCCCGUCGAGAGAUCGAAAUGACCUACGAUGAGGCAGAGAAGGAACUGAAGCUGGAACUGGCUCUGGUGGAGAAGAAUCAAAUUAUGCUGAGGGAUCAGUGUCAGGCUGCCUGGGAGAAGCUAAAUGCCCUCGAAGAUGUAAGAUUUCAGCUGAAUCUUGAGAUUUGCAACAAGAAGGAAGCCGAAGUUAUUGAUACUGAACAAAUGAAUCUCAAUAAAUUCUCCUCGAAUACCACUUUCAAGAGCAAUCCCCAGAGGAUUCCUAAAGAGUCGUGCACGCAUGAGGGAUGGUUGUCCAAUACGAAGAAUGUGAAAAAUCUGGCUGAGAAUGAGUUGAAAGACACGUACGCCCUGAGGGAAUCUCUAUUUGUCUGCCGGGAGAAGACAAGGAAUGAAUUGCACGCUCACCAAGAUCAAGUGGAUCAUACAAUUCGCAAGAGGAUUUUUGAGACCCAAAGGGCACGCAAUGAGCUCAAGUGGCAGGUGUUAAAGACAGAAGAGGAGAUGAAUCAGUGUCUGGCAGAGAUUGAAGCCCUGGAAAAAGCCAUUGAGGACAAGAAGGAAGUACUGAAGUUGGCAGAAAGUCGACAGGAAAAUCGUUUUGCGAGAUCUGGGUUCGAAUUGUGCCGAGAUGAUCCAUUUCAUGGGCUCUGUGAUGAGAUCACCCAACUCAGAGACACCCUAAAUACCCUCACGAGUCAGCUGAAUGUGACAAAAGGGAACUACAGUGUUCUGGAGGAUCAGCAUUGUCGCUUGACUAGGGAUCUUGAGAACAAAGAGCAUUCUCUGAUGGUUGAGGUAAGGACUCUCGAUCAACGGGAGCGAUUGAAAAGUUGGCAAGGGAAGGAGUGCAAAUCUCAGACUGGGAGGAAUAUUCAGCUGACCAGAAUGGAGCAGGAAAUCCCCCGAAGCAGCUACUCCUAAAACCGUUAAAUCUGGAAUUUGAAAUAUCCCUUCGUCAAGUCGAAUCGAAAUAAAUUUUCGAACAUGUCGAUAAA